GUGGCAACCAACAGACACAUGCGGUUUGUUUGUCACUUGCCUGAUCCAUACCAUUGGCUAUAUGCACAGAACCCUAGAUAGAGUCGCAGCUGUGUACCGGUACUCACACCACACUGAAGUACGUAUCCUCUUCCUUCCUCUUUCUCUCUCACCUGCAUGCGCGACAAACCCCAACCGAAAACUUGGGAGCUCUUGGUUGCGACUGUACUUUGCUGCGCCUCUACCUUGCAUCAACCCUCGUCCCUGCCUCGUCCCUUUCCGGGUGUCUUUGUCGGCGUGCCAAACAUGUCAUCGAUCCUCGUAUUAGUGUACAACGGCAGCAAUAGCAUGAAAAAAAGAAGCAGGAAAAAGAAAAGAAAAAAGAAAAAAGAAAGAAAAAAGAAAAAGCAAACCCGG